AGAACUGGAGAAGUUAAAUCAAUCCACGGAUGAUAUCAACAGACGGGAGACUGAACUUGAGGAUGCUCGUCAGAAGUUCCGCUCCGUUCUGGUUGAAGCAACGGUGAAACUGGAUGAACUGGUGAAGAAAAUUGGCAAAGCCGUGGAAGACUCGAAGCCUUACUGGGAGGCGCGGAGGGUGGCGAGGCAGGCUCAGCUGGAAGCUCAGAAGGCCACGCAGGACUUCCAGAGGGCCACGGAGGUGCUCCGUGCAGCCAAGGAGACCAUCUCCUUGGCUGAGCAGCGGCUGCUCGAGGAUGACAAACGGCAGUUCGACUCCGCCUGGCAGGAGAUGCUGAAUCACGCCACUCAGAGGGUCAUGGAGGCAGAGCAGACCAAGACAAGGAGUGAGCUGGUGCAUAAGGAGACGGCGGCUAGGUACAAUGCCGCCAUGGGCCGCAUGAGGCAGCUGGAGAAGAAACUCAAGAGAGCCAUCAGCAAGUCCAAGCCUUAUUUUGAGCUCAAGGCAAAGUACUACGUGCAGCUUGAGCAACUGAAGAAGACCGUGGAUGACCUGCAAGCCAAACUGACCCUGGCGAAAGGCGAGUACAAGACGGCUCUGAAGAACCUAGAGAUGAUCUCAGACGAGAUCCAUGAGCGGCGGCGCUCCAGUGCCAUGGGGCCUCGGGGCUGUGGCGUCGGGGCUGAGGGCAGCGGCCUGUCUGUGGAGAACCUGUCAGGGGGCAAACCUGAGCCAGACGCCAUUUCUGUGGCCUCAGAAGCCUUUGAAGAUGACAACUGCAGCAACUUUGUGUCUGAAGAUGACUUGGAAACCCAGUCUGUGUCCAGCUUUAGUUCAGGACCAAUGAGCCCGUCUGAGAUGCCCGACCAGUUCCCUGUGGUCGCGAGGCCCGGCAGCCUGGAUCUGCCCAGCCCUGUAUCCCUGUCAGAGUUUGGGGUGAUGUUCCCAGUGUUGGGCCCUCGAAGUGAAUGCAGUGGGGCCUCCUCCCCUGAAUGUGAGGUAGAACGAGGAGACAGGGCAGAAGGGGCAGAGAAUAAAACAAGUGACAAAGCCAACAACAACCGGGGUUUCAGCAACAGCAGUGGCAGUGGUGGCAGCGGUAAGAGCCAAAGCAGCACCUCCCCUGAGGGCCAGACCUUGGAGAACCGGAUGAAGCAGCUCUCCCUCCAGUGCUCAAAGGGAAGAGACGGGAUUAUUGCUGACAUAAAAAUGAUGCAGAUUGGCUGAUCCAUCCAGGGCCGUGGCUUGCGUGCAUAUCAGUAUUUACACAUGAAACUGGAGAACUUUGUGCCAAUAGUCAUUUAACAUAUGCCAAAUCUUAAGCGUUUACUCUAAACUGCACUAAUGAAGUUUCAGUGAUCUUGAGGGCUGAAGAUUUUUCUUCUGGGUAAGAGCUCUUGGACUGGCUUGUUUUCCAGAACAGAGUUGAUGUUACAGGUGGACUGUGACCAGGUUCACAGUCUUUGUGGAACAUUGCCUGUAACUGCAUUGUGGAAGCAAUAAUAUGUUCCUAUUAAAGAAUCCGAGCCAGGAAAAGGGCUGGGAAGUGAAGCCAAACUGGGGGCAACAGCUUGCUUUCCCUUCUCUCAUCCUUAAUUUGUUUGAGAAAAUGGAGAUGUUCUCUUCAUUAUAUUCCAGGGUAUCUAAAUGAACCCCCCACCCCAAAACAAAAACUCAAGUAUUGAGAGCACACCUUUUUGACACAGUAAAGGCUUAAACAAAGAAACAAACAAAAAAGCCAAGAACACAAUUCAUUUUCAUUACCUCUGGUGAUCAGAGGGGGCUUUUUAAAAAGCGUGUAUGCUGGGACACCCAUUAAAACCAUUUCCAAGAAAGGUUACCAUGAACUGCACUUUUUGGGGUGGGAAAGGUGAAUGCCAAUGUGGGGAUGGGGGAGGCGGGAUGAGGGUAGCAGGGACAUAUCAUAGAAGGGGAUUCAUGUCUGUGCAAGAGAAGGUCCUAUAGCAUAAACCUUAUCCUGCCAGCCAAGGGGACUGAUUCUAAGAAGUGCAUGUGAAGACUGGUUGCCACGGUUACUAGAUUGACAAGGUGUUCAUUUCUCUGUAGGUUGUAACUUUAAAAAUAAAUGCAAUUAUUUAAGGGUUAUGCUGUGCUAGUAUUCCUUAGAGGAAAUUGUUCCUUAAAGCUAGGAAAGGGAGUAGGCAUGUGUUGGCAAAGGCUGUUAAAUAGAUGCAAUGGAGUCUGUUAUGCUAAUAGUGUUAAGACUGCUUUUCUUUAAUGUUUUCAUGGUUAUGCCUAUAUUUAGCACUAUUUUAUUUGUCCUGUUUUAAGAAAAGUUAGCAUUUCUAGGAGAAAAACAAUGUCCCCCAUUUCUAAUUGUUAAUUCUGUCACAGCUUGUAUAUUUUAGUCAUUUGUAAAUCUCUUCAUACUGUAGUGAUUUCUCCUUUUUUAUUGACUGAUACAGUAUCCUAAUUACAAGGUUAUUUUGUACUUGUCUUAAUACCUUGAGUGUAAUAAAAAUGGCUUAAGAAAAC